CUAGCCAAGAUGGCGAGCUUCGUGGAGUUCUUCCACAAGGGAAAGACGUUCCGGCCGAAGAAGAAGUUCGAGCCGGGCACGAUGCGAUAUUCUCUACACAAGCAGGCCCAGGCGUCGCUCAACUCGGGCAUAAACCUGCGGGACGCGGUGCGGCUGCCGCCCAGAGAGGACAUGAACGACUGGCUGGCUGUGCACGUGGUCGACUUCUUCAACCGGAUAAACCUCAUCUACGGCACCAUUUCUGACUACUGCACUGAGGAGAGCUGCCCUAGGAUGUCAGGAGGCCCAAAGUUUGAGUACCUUUGGUGUGAUGGUCAGAAGUACAAAAAGCCGACCCCUCUGCCAGCGCCGCAGUACAUUUCGCACCUGAUGGAUUGGGUGGAAGCGCAGAUCAACAACGAAGAAAUAUUCCCCGUCACUGUUGCUGUCCCAUUCCCCAGGAACUUCGUGCCUACAUGCAAAAAGAUUUUGGCCAGGCUGUUUCGGGUCUUUGUACAUGUCUACAUACACCAUUUCGACAGGCUCGUCGCCAUAGGAGCGGAGGCCCACGUCAAUACGUGCUACAAGCACUUCUAUUACUUUAUCACUGAAUUUGACCUAGUGAGCCAAAAGGAGCUAGAACCUUUGACGGAGAUGACGAGGAAAGUCUGCAAGGACACGGUUAUCCUGAGUCCCCGCCACAGAUGAAAAACAAGAGGGACGGCACGACGCACGGCCCGCCGUUUUACCUCCCCCUCUUUGUGAUGUCUGCAAUUCGCCGCGCUGAUCCCGGCCCCUCCUUUCGUCCGUGAACGACACGUUACGUCCACCGGUUAACGCAGCGUCGAUGUCACCGUGUUUACCGGCACUAUACCACCGACCGUGACGGAGCAGAAACCUCUUCUAGUCUCGCUGGCACGGACGCUGCUGGUGAAAAUUCGCACAAGCCAUUGUUUUCUUGUUUUUUGACUCUUUCACUGGCACUUCCUACACAAAGGAGAGUGCUGCCUUCCAUUUCGCUGCAUGACUUUUUUCAUCGCAUAUUGACUAUAUUUUAAAA